UUUUAGGUUUCUGCCUUUGCCACGUUUAUUUAACUUUUAAUCUUUGCUUAUGUCAUUUUUUAUAUAAUCCUACUAACCCCAGCACCAACGUCAGCACAGCGCUGCUGCAAACCCGCCGCCUUUUGUCGCCUCGCCGCCGUUCGUCGCUGCUUCCAGCUCCCCUUCGCCUUCCUCUCCGUGCUGCCUCUUCCCCGGUCCCCGUCGUGUUCUUCUUCUUCGCAAGGACCUCUCUCUCCGCUUCUACGCAAUGGCCAGCUCAAGAAACUACGAUAUCCUCAUUAAGCUGCUGCUUAUCGGUGACUCGGGCGUCGGAAAGUCAUGUCUGCUGCUCCGCUUCAGUGAAGACUCGUUCACGCCGUCGUUCAUCACCACAAUCGGCAUAGACUUCAAGAUCCGAACGAUCGACCUCGACGGCAAGCGCAUCAAAAUGCAAAUCUGGGACACGGCCGGCCAGGAGCGAUUCCGAACAAUCACGACGGCGUACUACCGCGGCGCGAUGGGCAUCUUGCUCGUCUACGACGUCACGGACGAGAAAUCGUUCAACAACAUCCGCAACUGGUUCGCCAACGUCGAGCAGCACGCGUCCGAGGGCGUCAACAAGCUGCUUAUCGGCAACAAGUGCGACUGGGAGGAGAAGCGGGCCGUGUCGACCGAGCAGGGCAAGGCGCUCGCGAACGAGCUCGGCAUCCCGUUCAUCGAGGCGAGCGCAAAGGCAAACAUCAACGUCGAGGAAGCCUUUGUCUCGCUCGCGCGGCAGAUCAAGCAGCGGGUCGACCUGGCUUCAGAGCCGCAGCCGUCCAGCAGCGGCGUUGAUAUCAACAAUUCGAAGAGCAGCAGCGGCGGCGGAAAGUGCUGCUAAGCGCUUUUAUUCUCCCUUUAUUUUAUCUAUUCUUUGUUUUUUAUUUCUUGAGUGCUGGGGACGAAGGGUGUGGGUGUGUACGUGUGUGGAGAGUUUCUUUUGAGGACAAGAGACCCGGAUGAGCAAACGCAAACAAAUACAUAGAAAGCAAAUAAACCGAGUAUAUGUCUACGAAAUAAUAUAUCUUCAUUAUAUCUACCUCAGCUCGACCUUCUGAACAGUCGCAUACAUAUGAAGCUCCACAGUCUUGGAAUUUCUUGUUUGUUAUCUAGCAGCUUGUUUCUUUUCUUGCUUUUCUGUGAUAAGUUUGUUAGUUGUCUGUUUUUCUCAUUACAUUGAAUUUCCACGAGAAUAUAAUCUGCAUCCACCACGUCUUGUCUUUUGCGGUGGGCGUUUGGAUCGAUCUCGAUAUUCUAGUUUUUGUCUGUUCGGUUCAAGUGACCAUU